CGCGCCGCGCGCCCGCUCCACAGCCCCAGCCGCAGGCGUCACGCCGCCGCACAGCUGCACACACACGACGCUCCCCUCUGCCUAGCGCCGAUGCGGAGCGCGGGGUGCUGACGGUUGACUAUGACAGCGCGGCUGCAGCCCAGCACCACCGGCAGACAGCACCAGCAGCAGCACCAACAACAGGCGGGACACCACAAGGACGCCGCCACCAAGGCCGCCCCCGCCAUCCGCUCCGACGGCAGAAGGGCCAACAAGCCACUGAUGGAGAAGCGACGCCGAGCCCGCAUCAACCAGAGCCUGGCCGCUCUCAAGACACUCAUCCUGGACUCAGCAAGGCUGGAGCAGAACACGAAGCACUCCAAGCUGGAGAAGGCGGACAUCCUGGAGCUGACGGUGCGCCACCUCCAGCGGCAGAAGGCUCUCGGCUCCAGCUCCGUGCUCUCCAAGUUCCGCGCCGGAUUCCAGGAGUGCGCCCGAGAGGUGGGCCGCUUCCUGGAGUCGCCCGAGGUGGUGCUGGCGCCGCCCGAGCCGCACGCGUCGCUCAAGCAGCGCCUGCUGCGCCACCUGGAGAGCUGCGUGGCCGAGCUGGACCUGGACCUGGGGCUGGCGAUGCGCGCCGAGGAGAGCUCCAAGCCCGACUCGAGCUCGGGCCAGGCGCAGGCCCCGCUGCCCGGCUCCUCCUGCUCCUCCUCGUCCGCCUCCGCCGCCUCCAGCACCGCCCCCGCGCCCGGCGCCCCCGCCGCCAGGGGCGACGAGAACAACAACCGCGGCCAGCGCGCGCACAGUGCCAGCGGGAAGGCAUCCCCGGGGUCGCUGCUGGGUAGCCGCCUGCUGUCCGCUAGCCAGAGCCCGGAGCCCGCGUCGCCGCUGGACGCCACCAACCCCCUGCUCUCCGUCGUACAGCAGCAGGUAAUUCCGUCGCGGCUGCCGGACGGCCAGCUGGUGUUCCUGCUGCCGUCGCACUACGUGCAGCUGGCCGCCGCCGCCGCUGCCGCCGCCUGUCGGCCGGAUUCCCGCGCCGCCUCUGUCGCUCCACCGUCGCCCCCGGUCGCUGGGCCUGGCUCUCCGGAAGUCCUCACGCAGUCCUCCAGGGUGGACGAAGCUGACGACGACGACGACCAGCCCGUCGACUGCUCGGUGGGGACGGCGGCUGCCAGGCUGUCCCCUGAGCCCGCGGAGGCGGCCAUGGACGCCGCUGGAGCGCUGGAAGCCGAGGAGGGUCCCGUCUGGAGGCCGUGGUAGGCUGCAGUCCAGGACUCUCCAGCCACUGCAGGUCGUCCGACGCCAGACUGGACACUCGCCAACCUGCCGCGGACUGUAGGCUUUCUAGCAACACACGAAGAAGAGUCUAGAGACGUUUCCACGUAGAGCUGCCUGGAGGCACAGCGAAUGAAUUAUGUGACCACGUAGAAUUCUUCAAAUUGUGACAGCUUUGUUAGUGUAUUUGACAGGUGGCCGAAAAGACAAUGCAGACAACUAGGUUGGGUUCUCAAGUGAAAUUCCACCUGUGAAAAAUGAAUAGGACACGAGUGUACUGAACCAGAACGAUUUGAAGAUUUUCCAUGUGACUUUGUAUUCUUUUCCUUUCGACUCAACUCAGUUCACCAACUUCACAGUUGGCUAUACCAGGCUGAAUAGACCCAGUUCCAGGCUGUUCCGCCAGAACGAAGAUCAAAAAUCGAACCCAAAACUUAUUUGUCAAUAGGAUUAGUCGCUGCUAAGUUUAGACAAAUAAAGAAUUAAACAUUCUGGAACCAUUCCCUUCUUGUGCGCCACACCUACAGCAAAAAAAAAUUACAAACGCCGUUAAACACCCGCCAACAGUUCCCUUAAACUAAAUAGUGACAGAUACCACAGCAGUUCUUCCAUAACUGUAGCAGGUGAUGGCCCUAACGAAACAAUGGAACUCUUUAAAAGGGUGCAUAUUCCAAUUUGCGAGGACCAGAGUUCGACUCACCAGCCCGCCUUUCAGAUUUAGGUUUCCCACGAGAUUUCCACAUCGCUUGGAUGGUUCCUCUGAAAAGGAGACAGCCGAUUGCCCUGCCCAUCUUCUUCCAGUCUAUGCUUGCAUUCCGUCUCUAGCGAUCUCGUCGUUGAUGGGACGCUAGACUGUAACCUUGAUUCCUUCUUUCCUUCCUCCCUUCCUUCGCUUUACAAACAGAUGGAAUGCAAUACUCCAUCUAGCCUUCAAAGUAGCAAAAGAAUUAGAAUUGUGUCUUUUUCGUAAUACUAGAGCAACUAGGUGACACAAAUGAGGGAUAACUCCGAAAAACCUCAUACAACCUAACGCAAUCCAAUAAAAACUUUUAUUGACAGAAAUUUUGCUAUUUCGACUUGGCAGUUAUUAAAAAAUUUUCAUUGUUUAACAAUUAGAUCAUGAAGAUGGCCAAUCCCUGUACGUUUAUCCUACCACUGAAUUUCCCUACUCUCCACUUACCGUCUGAGCUGAGGUACCGUCUAUUUAUCCUUUAAUUCAUUGUUUUAGUUUGUACAUCGCCCUUCACCUAUAAGCUCAGAUCAAGCUGUUAAGACUGCCCUGAGGUGGGAGGGGUGGAAUUGGGAAGUGGGGGAAUCACAGGUUUAUUAAUCUGGUGGCCUUCGUGUACAGCCGCAUAUCACCAGGCUCUAAAUGGCACAGUUACUGAACAAUUCACACACACAGGUGCUAGGUUGUUACGCAGUGAGUAAAGUCGCUCCAUCCAGCUUAGUCAUUUGUUGUGUGGUAGUAGAGCACUAUGCAGUUAAGUGGUUAAAACGAAAAUUGUAGAGUCUCAGUAUACCUAUUCAGAAUACAAUAGCUGUGACAAGUAUCAGAAGUAAAAUAUCAGAUGAUCUCUUGUGGCGAAUCAAUACACCACUUCGCCAGUGCAUGGAGGGCACUCUUGAACUGCAGUACGACAGCUUUCUGCCCAGCAGUUAUUUCUUUUCAUUUAGUAGUUAUUUACUGGGCUGGCUUGUUUAGCCUAUGGGUUAUAAAAUUUUACAAUUUGAAUAUAAAAAAUGAGAAAGUAAACUAGCUAACGUUUACAACACAAUGAUGGUGAUGUGAUGUACGUUCUUCUCAUAAGGGAUGUGGAGUAAUGGGGUGGGCAGCGUCUGCGAUGUUGGAAGUGUUGGAGACAAUUUUAUAUGGAAAGCACAUGCGAUAUAUGAGUAGGAAGGAACUAACAGGCCUAGCACAGGUAUUAGAAGAUGAGUGGAAUGGCAUCUCAGCAAGGAAAAGCUGGGUUGGAGGCUUCAUUUGGGAUGUGGUAGGCUAUGUUUGGAAGAAGGGGUAGAUUUCAGGGAUUGUUGAAAUGGUUCAAAUGGCUCUGAGCACUAUGGGACUUAACAUCUGAGGUCAUCAGUCCCCUAGAACUUAGAACUACUUAAACCUAACUAA